AUGGAACGGAGCGUCCCCGAAUAUUCGCAGUCAGGUUUGCCUUCGCCCUAUCCAAGUACCUACGGCGACACUCAAUCUGAAGCUUCCUCUGCAGAUCACGCGUCUGCUGCCCACUAUUCCAGCAACCAGGAAGCGCGGGGGGCCAGUUAUCCUACGUCUGCGACUCCGAAUUCAGAGUUCGGAGCGUACCCGCAGUCUGCGAGGUCGACUAGUUUUCCAGAGCAUAGUCUUCGUCAAUACCAUCCAGCGAGCAACCAUAGUGGCAGCAGCGGAGGUAUGGCGCAAACACCAACAAGUCCGUCCAUGCCUAUGCAAGAUGGACGCAACCAUCAGUCCCAGCAGGUUAAAUCUGACAGCGAUGUACCCAUAGAUCCGUCCAUCGCCGCACCUAGCCCUACCUACGCGCCCCCUAGCCAAUACUCGCCCUACGCGCCGCCGCCGCAAGAUAUGUCGCAUAACUAUCCCCAGGGCGCCGGCAACCUGUACGCGCAGCCACGGCCCGAUUGGGCGAACUAUGGGCAUCCAGCACCGGGGCAGAUGCCACACCCGCACUCGGUAUACCCUCAUACGCCAACGACGAAUGCUCCUGGACGACCAGCUCAGGUCUAUUCCUUUGUACCUAUCCCUGGAGCGCAGCAACACAAGCGACCACGACGACGAUAUGAAGAAAUUGAGCGAAUGUAUAAGUGUGGCUGGAACAACUGCGAGAAGGCUUAUGGUACGCUUAAUCAUCUAAACGCACACGUUACGAUGCAGAGUCAUGGCCAAAAACGGACACCUGAAGAAUUCAAGGAGAUCCGAAAGGAGUGGAAGGCUCGUAAGAAGGAGGAAGAACAGGCUCGGAAGGCCGCUGAGGAGGCAGAACGUCAGCGUCAUGUCGCUGCCGCCCAGGCUCAGAACGGAGGUGCUGACCCGCAAGCGGGCGAUUCAAGCCAAGCGCAAACAUCAUAUACGGCUAAUCGACAAGUUCAGCUCCCACCUAUUGGAUACCAGACAACCCAGUACCCUGCGCCUCCAUCGACAGCUGUACCGCAGCAACCGCUCCCCGAAUACAGUCCCACAAGCCACAUGUAUUCUGGCUACCAACAACCGGCGUCACCUUACGGACCGCAGAAUCAGAACAUGUACAGCCAACGUGAAUGA